CUGGAGGGAGGUGGUGAAAUAGAAUGGUCCUGGGGGACGGGACUCCAGGGGUUUGACGAUUAGGCGUCAAGACUGACUUAGACCUGGGAAGAAAACCAGAGGCAGUCGAGCAGAGAGGCCAAACGCCAGGCAGGGCGAAGUCAGCCGGAGAUGGAGUGGAAACUGGAGCGCACCGCGACUCGGAGGGUCCGCACGGAAGAGGAGAUGCUGUGGGAAAGUAUCAUGCGUGUGCUCUCCAAAGACUUGAAGCAGAAGAGAAGUCAAGACUCCGCCAACGUACUCGAUUCAGUUAAUGCUACGUAUUCUGACUUUAAGAGCAACUUUGCGAAGAGGCUGUCCGCAGAGGUUCCUGUUGCGAGUAGCCCCAUUACCACAAGGUGGCAGCAAAGUCAAACUAGGGCUCUGUCCUCUGAUUCCUUUGGGGAAGAGCAGUCAACCACCUACCUCCCAGAAGCUUCCGGAUCAGUGCUGAAGACACCGCCUGAGAAAGAGACCUUGACUCUAGGAUCCUGCAAAGAACAACUGAAGACCCCCAGCAAAGGAAUUUCUGAAACAAGUAACUCUGCUCCCCAUUUUUGCAAGGCACCUCAUGCAAUGGACAGAGACUGGAAAGAAAGUGUUGCCUCAAAAGGGCAGAAAUGCCUAAAACAACUCUUUGUAACCCAGAACGUGGUUCAGCAGGCUAAUGGAAAAAUGCAGCUCUGUGAGCAAUCCCAAUGUGUUUGGAAAGGCUGCAAAGAUGGAGUGAGAGAUGAAUCCUUCCAUCUUAAAAGGUCUGGUGAUAUAAACGAUUCCAUACUCCAACCAGAGGUGAAGAUUCAUAUUACUGGUCUUCGAAAUGACUACUAUCUGAAUAUCCUAGAUUGGAGUUUUCAGAAUCUUGUUGCCAUAGCCCUGGGCUCUGCUGUAUACAUCUGGAAUGGGGAGAACCACAAUGGGAUUGAAAACAUAGACUUAAGUCUCACUUGUAACUAUAUCUCUUCUGUGUCCUGGAUAAAAGAGGGAACUUGCCUGGCAGUUGGCACCAGCGAGGGAGAAGUGCAAUUAUGGGAUGUGGUAACUAAAAAGCGGCUGAGAAAUAUGCUUGGUCAUUUGUCAGUAGUUGGGGCUCUGAGUUGGAAUCACUUUAUCCUCAGCAGUGGGUCAAGACUGGGGCGUGUUUAUCAUCACGAUGUUCGGGUAGCCCAGCAUCAUGUUGGAACACUUUGCCACAAGCAAGCUGUGUGUGCUCUGAAGUGGUCACCGGAUGGCGGGCUGCUUUCCAGCGGCUGCAGUGAUGGACUGCUGACAAUAUGGCCCCACGAUCCAGGUGCCAGUGCACAGGGCCAACCGCUGAAAGUCAUACCCCAGCCUACGGCAGUCAAGAUUUGUUCCUUAAUCUGGCUACCUAAGACAAAGGAGAUCGCAACUGGCCAAGGUACUCCCAAGAAUGAUGUGACUGUGUGGACCUGUCCCACUGUGUCCAGGUCAGGUGGGUUUUUUGGCCACAGGGGCAGAGUGCUGCACCUGGCUUUGAGUCCAGACCAGACCCGGGUGUUUUCUGCUGCAGCUGAUGGGACGGCCUCUGUAUGGAAUUGCUACUAGCACCCAGCCCCUCUAGGUUUCAGUUUCCUUAUUUCUAAGUGAAGAUGAUGAUGUUGGCUAUGUCUUCUCCAUGGGGUUUUUAUGAGUAUCAAACAAGUUGAAAUACUCUUCUUGAUGUGAAUGCCUGUUCUCCUGUUCUUCUUUUGCAGAUUGCUUUACUUGCUCUGCUUCCCGGAGAUCCACUUCUUUUCUUCUCUGCUUUCUUCUUUCUGCCCCUCUUCCUCCCCGUCCUCUUCUUCCUCCCAUUCUUACCCCUUUCUAGAGAUUCAUUUUCACUACUUUAUUCAGAAUAACAUCUAUAGCAAAGAUUUCUCCUUCUUUCCCAUAUGACUUUUCUCCCCAGCUCCAAACCUCAUAUUUCUGAUUGCCUCAGGAUAGUUCCCUUUUGAGAUACUUUCCUGUCUUUAGCUCAAUCUCAACACAUUGAAAACACAACUCAUUCACUUGAAAAACACUUAUUAAAAUAUCACUAUAUGCUAGGCAGUAUGUUAAGCAUGCAUAUUGCUCUCUCUAAAAAUCAGUUCUGUAGGAAUCCCUUUCCCCUCCUGAUGGUCUCAUCCUUAUCCUGGUCUCCUACUCAGGGAACCUCCUGAUUAUUCUGCUCUGUGCUUCCUCAGUUCACCCUUUGCUCUCUUUUCUUUUGCUUCACCUAGUCACAUCCUGUAUGCCUGACAGCCAGUCGGCUGUAAUUGUCUUAGAACUGAUCCUCUUGACUCCACACCACUGCUAGGUUGAACAUCUAAAAAUCCGAUGCUGAUCCUCUCAGUCCCCUGCUCAUCAACUCUCAAGGACAACCUAUUACCAAACACCUUUGACCUCAACCUCUGGAGUCCUCAGCCCAGGACUUGAAGUUAGGAGAUCUGUUCUUGCCUUGGCUCUGCCAUAAAUACACCCUGUAACCUUGGAUGUGUUGCAACAUCUGCAAGGAUAGAAAUUUGGAUUUGAUCACUGCUAAGGUUCCUUCAAACUUGAUCAGUUUGCUGUUCUGUCUUUUGAAUGUUAAUUCCCAUUCAUCUCCUAUAUUAAGACUUUGGCUGAGUCUUGUGAUUUCUUGCCUUGUUGGAGCUUUUUCUUCUAAUCUGAAUUCUUGCUUCUCUCUCCUUUUCCUUUACACACCCACACAAGUCCUAACCUCUCCAGGAAGUGUUUUGAAAUGAUAUUACCUGGGUUUGAGUUCUUGGCAUUAGCCUGUAUCAUCUAUUUGGUAUUAUUAUACUAUUAUAGCUGUUUAAAAAAAUCUUCUAUUACUGUUUGAAUCGUUGGUUGUUUUGGUUUUAACAUCCUGAGGAGCUUGAAUUGAGGGCUUGAGGGAGCAUGCGUUAUAUUUUUUGGUGCUCCUUCGUAUGUUCUGCAUACCAGAUAUCAAAUAUUGGUUGAUUAUUUUUUUUUGCUUUGACAUGAAUUUUUUUUACUAAUACAUACCUAUUCCCUGUGCCCCCAAAAUCAACACAACAAAACAAAAACUUUAAGAAUUCAAAAGUAGAAUAGUAUAUACCAGGGGAGUUUAGGACUCUUCUGUUAAAUUAGUGUUAAUUUGUCAAUAUAUAUUUCUAUUUUCCCUGUUUUUUAAAUUUAGAUCUGUUUGGUAAUGUUAGUAAUUCUUGCCUUAGAAAAUUUUAGGCCACUGAAAGCCACAGAUGUGAUAGUUUUCUGCAAUGCACACUUUUCUUUAAUGGUUUUAAUUUGAUCUUCCUAAUACGCCAGGUAUUAACUGUAAGAAAAUGUUUAGAAGAAAAUGAGCAAAAUGAUUAGACCAUUUCCAGUGUCCCCUGCCAUUCUGUUCUGGAUACUUCUGUUUUAAUACUCUCAUGACACUAUGUCAUGACCAAAGGGCACUUCUCUCAGUUAAUACUGGCAUGUGAACAAGAGGCUCUCAUUUAAGAAAAAUAUUAAUAUAUCUGUUACUACGAUUAGUUUUGUUGGGAAGUUUGGAAUAUGGUUUUCAUAAAGAAAAAGGUAAGCUUUCAGAUAGCACACAAAAGCCUGGGCUACAAUUUAUUUUUAAAUUUUGUAAUUAAAAUUUUUUCACAGAAUAAUAAUUCACAUAUAGUAAAGCACAUAAGUCUUUAUAGCUUGAUGAGUUUUAAAUUUAUGAAUAAAUAAGUGUGUAACCAACAUCUAGAUCAAGAUACGAACAUCUCUAGUACCCUAAAGGGAUCCCUCGUACCCACUCCUAGUUAGCAGCUCUACAUUUUUCUGACUGCUAUCCCCAAGGAUUAGUUUUUCCUUAUGCCAACUUUCAGAUAAAUGGAAUCUCACCAUGCAUAUUCUUUUUUAUCUCACUUUUCCUCAACAUUAAAUUUAUGUUGC